AUGUCAACCCAGAGUCAGGCAGAUCUCAUUCAUAUGUUCAAGGGGAUUCCUUUUACCACCAGGUCAUCGCUAGAACUAUUAAAAUCCUUGGAUACCUUCGAUGCUAGAGAAGAUGAUGUCCUUUUGGUUUCCUAUCCAAAGUCUGGCACACACUGGCUUGCACAAAUUAUAAUGCAGCUGUACACUAACCAAGUCACCCUAACCUCUCCUAUCGAGUUUGGAGACAUUUUGAAACUGGAGGAACUGAAGAACCUUUCAUCCAGGAGAAUUAUCCCUACACACUUGGACUACAACAUGUUACCGAUGAAUUUUAAGAACAAAGGAUGCAAGACUAUCUACAUCAUCAGAAAUCCAAAGGAUACUGCUGUUUCUAUGUAUCAUUACUACAAAGAUAAUCCAUACCUUCCCACCAUUGAUAAAUGGACUACUUUCUUGGAGCUGUUCUUAAAGGGAGAUGUUGUCUGUGGAUCCUGGUUUGAGCAUUUCCUAAGUUGGGAAAAGCAUAGAAAUGAUGAAAACAUUCUGUUUUUGUUCUAUGAAGACAUGAAGAAGGAUCUUCCCAAGACUGUGAAAAAAAUUGGCGUGUUCCUGGGAAUAAAUAUCAGUGAUAGUGAAAUCCGAGAGGUCUGCAAGAAAUCAUCUUUCUCAGAGAUGAAAACUAACAUAGAAAAAGAGAAUGUUGAUCCAAAUCACACUGUUUGUGCACUGACAUCUGACAAGAAGCUGAUAUUUCGAAAAGGUACUGUUGGUGACUGGAAGAACCACUUCACCCCAAAACAAAACAAGUUGUUUGAAGAGAUGUUUAGUAAUAAAAUGAAAUACAGUGACUUGGCCAAAUGCAUUACAUACGAAUUCUGAGAAAUAAAACUGAGACAAAGAAGCUGGAGAAGGGAUAAAGUAUUUAGAAAAGCUUGUACUUUUGAAACUGAUACUUUCUGGGGGAAAAAAUAAAUACAUUCAAACAUUAAUUAAAUUCUCUCUCUUAAUAUGGGUAGCCCUAAGAACUGUACACAGGUAACAAAAGUCAAAGUAAAACUGAAUGAUCUCAAUUUGAUGCUGCUUAGCCAUUUGGAUUAUUUCCAAAUGAAUUCAUAUUGGCUAUCAGUCAACAUGUUUUUUUGCACAAUGAGGGUUACCCUAAAGUGUCAUGUUAGAUGUCAUAAAUAAAGAUUUAGUCCUAAAUCACACAGUGGUCAUAUCUACUACG